AACCCGAAGGGCAGUCCGUCGGAGAGUUCCAGCGAAGUGCGGACAAAGGAGAAGACUUUUCCUGGUUGCUGCUCCUGCUGCUGCGCUGCUCCUGCCAGAAAUACAGAAGUGGAAAAUGUGAUGUGCUCGCUUUAAUUGUCGAGGAUAAAUCAAUUCCGCUGUUAACCAGAUUACUGGCGCGUACGUAGCUAAAGGCAGCGGAAUCGAAUUGGCCAAGUCGGAGGCAGGCCGUGGAAAAACCCCCCUCGCGAACCAGUUCGUGGCAGUGUGUGUGUGUGUGUGGCUUUUCGCCUUACUUUUUUCAUGCGCAAUUUGGGUUACAAAGCGAGAAAAACUCUGCUUAAAAUGCAUUAAAAUGUUUUAGGCACGGGCUUCAUUGAUUUUCCUACGCACAAAAGUAUGUUACACGAAGUCCAAACCAGCAACAGGAACAGGAACAAAGGAAGUAGACCAGCGAUGAGGACAAAGACGCGAGUAAGCUGCUUCUAGCUGCCCAGUGGUCACCAGGACUAGGCGAGGGACCAGCCCCGCACAGAUCAGGAUACUCACCCCGGGCGGAACGCAGCGCAGGCAUCCUGGCGCCGGUACUGCCCAGUAGCGGCAUGGCCGGCCUCGUCGGCUCCGCCAACGGAAAGCACCACCCUCACCUCAUCUCGCCCACCCACUCGACUCUGCCGGCCGGCAUAUGCAGCAGUGAUAGCGGCAUCUCCACGCUGAGUGCCAUCUCGCCCCCGCUCUCCACCGCGACCACGACGGCGUCCGGUGCAGGCGGUGGAGUGGGCGGCAGCGGCGGUAGCCCCCAGCUUCGCACCUCGCCUGCGCUGAGCAUGCUGGGCAGUGCCACGGCGACGGCCAGCGGGAGCACGGCCUCGGCUGGAGGUGGCCUCACCGCCGGAAUCCUGGGCCCGGCCGCCAGCAUCGACUUGGGCAGUUCGCCGCUCUCGCAUCGCAACUACAGCAACUCGCUGAAGGGCUUCAGCUUCCGGCGCAGCUUCGACGACAAGAUCAUCACUCCGCCCUACUUGUCGCGCGCCCCCGCUUACGCCCACGGCAUCCCCUAUCCGCACUUUCAUGCUCCCCAGCCCGGCCUGCACCUGCACCACCAUGGAAACGGCACUGCAGCGGGAUCGGGAUCGGGGUCGGGAUCUGGCGCUGGAUCUGGAGGAGGACACUAUCAGCAGCCGCUUUCACUGGCCUCGAUGUCUGGGGCCCUGCCACUGGCGCCGCUCUACGGAUCCCCGCUGUCGCUGCCGCUGACCUCCUCGCAGUCCACCACCAAGCUCUCCUACCGCGACGACUUUCUGCAGCAGAUUGGCUACCUGCCAACGACGCGCAUCUACAGCACCCCGACCAGCAUCGUGGACGAGGACAAGGCUCAGCAGGACUUCCUCUCGCUGUCGCUCUCCCCGCCGCUCAACCGACGCCGGGACAUGCCGGCGCUGCGCGGUCCCUUCGUCAGCCUAUCGGAGCCCCGCGGUACUCUAAGCACGACGGACGAAAUCUACCCGGACUCGUCCGACAGCAGUCUGUACGUUUCGGACGAGGAGCAGGAAGACGCCUCUCAGUACUGUCGUGGUGGCUACCAUCCAGUGGUCAUUGGGGACAUCUUCGACAAUCGGUUUCGCGUGGUGCGCAAACUGGGCUGGGGCCACUUUUCCACUGUAUGGCUGUGCCGGGAUCUCAAAGACGAGAAGUACGUGGCCCUCAAGGUGGUGAAAAGUGCUCCGCACUACAUCGAGACCGCUGCAGACGAGAUCCGACUGCUGGAGGCAAUCCGCGAUGCUGACCCCAUGGACGUCAAGCGGGAGAGGAUCGUGCGGCUGAUGAACCACUUCACGGUGCGCGGUGUGAACGGGAUGCACACGUGCCUGGUCUUCGAGGCGCUUGGCUGCAGCCUCUAUAAGCUGAUCGUGAAGAAUAAUUACCAGGGCCUGGCCAUCGCCCAGGUGCGCAACAUAAUCCGCCAGGUGCUGGAGGGACUGGACUACCUGCACAGCAAGUGCAGCAUCAUUCACACGGACAUCAAGCCGGAGAACAUCCUGCUGGUGAUCGACAAUGCCGCCGCGAUGAACCAGCAGAUUGACGACGAGAUCAACAGUCUGCGGGUAAAGGGGGCCGAUUUCCCCGACUCUUACAUCAGCUCUAUCGAGAAGCAGAUAAAGUCGCGGGCCAAGUGGCCCCUCAUCGAGCCAAAUGGGUCGGCCAACACCAAUACGAACACCAGCAACAGCACGGCGAACAACUCCAAUUCGUCGACGCCGCUGGCCGCUGUGAUCAUGUCCUCGCUGGACAAAGAAGACACCACCACCACCUCGUCCACGCUCAACUCCAACACCACCUCCUCGCUGGCCUCCAAGUACUCCAGUCUGUUGGGGGACAGCGAGUGUAACGGAGGCCUCGGCGGAUCAGCGAACCUGAACAACCGCUACCGAGCCGAGAAGAAAAUCACUGCCAAGUCUUCUGGGGAUUGUGAGGAAGAUCCCGAGUCCGACACGCUGGGCGAGCAGAGCAUGGCCACCGAUACGCCCACCGAUCCCGAUCCCGAGCUCGAGCAAGAGACAGAACCCGAGGCCAGUCCCAGCGAGGUCGAGGUCCCUGAGCUGCCCACCCCGAACUCCACCAAUAACUCCUGUCCCUCCCACAACACCAAUACGAUAGCCAAGUCCAAGAUCAACUCGAGCACGUGCACGUCCUUGCCCAACGAAUACAGCCUCGCCAACACGAACACCAAUAGCGAUACAAUAUCCACUUCCGCCCCUCCAAGUGCCACACCCACACCCUCCACCGCCUCUGCCACGCCACCCAGCACGUGCACCCCCUCGUUCACGCAUAUAGCGCCUACAACAGCUCCAACUACCAGUACAACCUGUACAACAACAGCCGCAAGCACUGAGCUCUAUAAUGGCGAUCAUACAACAACAAGCACAUCAAGAACAACAACCAACGCGAUAUCCUCCGCGACAACAACGACAACGACAACAACCAUCGCUAAACUAAAUGUCAAUGCCAAUGCCAUUCCUUCGCAGAACCAGAGUCAGAGUAGCCAGAACAACACCUAUACGAUCCAGUCGCUCAUCAACAACAGCAACGUCCGUGUGAAGAUCGCCGAUCUGGGCAACGCCUGCUACGACUAUCAUCACUUCACUGAGGACAUUCAGACGCGCCAGUAUCGAUCGAUCGAGGUGCUGCUGGGAGCGCCGUACAAUUAUACCGCCGACAUUUGGAGCACCGCCUGCUUGGCCUUUGAGCUCGCCACGGGCGACUAUUUGUUCGACCCCCACGCCGGCGAGUCGUACAGUCGUGACGAAGAUCACUUGGCGCACAUUGUCGAGCUGCUGGGCUCCAUACCGCAGUCGGUGAUCCUGCGGGGCAAGCAUGGGCUGAAGUAUUUCACCAGCUAUGGCAGCCUGAGGAACAUCACCAAGCUUAAGCCCUGGAGUCUAAAGAACGUGCUUGUGGAGAAGUACGACUGGGAUCCGGUGGAGGCCAAGAAGUUCUCCGACUUUCUUCUGCCCAUGCUCGAGUACAAUCCAGUCAUACGCGCUUCGGCAGCAGAGUGCCUGCAGCAUCCGUGGCUGGAGCAGGAAGAGUUCGUCUAGACGGCUCAAGGAGUCGUGGGAAGCUAGAGAGACAACAGACACAGGCGCACUUAAAUAAUACAUACAUAACAUACGUACUUCGAACUCGUAUUGUAUUUCUAGGCUUAACUUUUAUAUGCAAACCACUUUGUUAUAAAGAGGAAUAUUAUAUGUACGUUAGCAAGGAAAUCCGAUGAAGGAAGGUUAGCAGUAUAGGACUCGAUACACACACCUUAUACACAUACGACAUGUGAAGAGGACGUUCCGCAUGGAAUUUUUUAAGCUUUUUAAUUUUUUGUACUUGAGAGCUUUAAAAUGUAAUUACUAAAGAAGCGAUUUUAUUUUUAACGAUAAAUGCAAACGCGAGAAGGUGCGCAAAAUGUUUUUCAAGUUUUUAUUUCGACAACGUGCAUAUAAGUAUAAACAUACAUAUAUAUUUUUUAUUAAAUGAGAAACAAGUGAAACAAAAACAAAAGACAAUGACGACAAUUUUGAAGUCAACAGAUGCCUAAACUGACUGACCGAAAAGGAAAACAUUUUCAUGCGAAACCAAAUAAAACAUGCUAAAUAAAUUAUACGAACUAGAAAAAUAUUCAGCAUCACAUAAUUAACGAUACCUUCUAUAAAAUUAAUAAUAUAGUAUGUGUAUAAUUAACGAAGCCCAAUUGUAGAUAUCGAGAAUGUUUAACAGAAAUACAGAUGAAAAUUCAAAUAAUGACAGCUUUUUAGCAGCGUGUAGUGAUUUUGGUACAUUUAACCGAAACUUAUUGUAGAACCUUAAGUCUAUUUUGGAGAUAAGCAGAUUUCAGCGAAGUGUUCUCCUACCCAAUUUCGGUUUAACACAUUUAUUAUUUUAUUAAAUUUAAAAAAGUUGCCAGCAUCCGAGAAAAUUAACUUUUCCCAAUUCACUGCAAUUAGCAAUAAAUCAAUAACUCAUUGAAUAAAAGUCUUUGUAUCGGAAUUGAAAACUCAAAA